GAACAAGAGGACAUUUUAUUCGUCUUUUGCAGUCUUUCGGAACGUGAACAUGCUCGCGCUCCGGCUUCUGGUUCUGGUUCUGUUGGCGGCUCUGAGCGGGUCUGCGGUUCGGUCUCCGUACCAGGCGGUCCUGCAGCACAGCCGGGUCAGAGGCAGGCAGCACGGGCCAAAUGUUUGUGCAAUGCAGCAGGUCAAAGGCACCGAGAAGAAAUACUUCACCAAUUGUAAGCAGUGGUACCACCGCAAGAUUUGCGGAAAACCCGCGGUCAUCACCUACGAGUGCUGCCCCGGGUAUGAGCGCAUUCCUGGAGAGAAGGGCUGUCCUGCCGCUCUGCCUCUGGUCAACAUCUACAACACUCUGGGCAUGGUCGGAGCUUCCACCACACAAAUCUUCUCAGAACGAGCCAAACUGAGGGAGGAGAUCGAGGGUCCAGGCAGCUUCACAUUCUUCGCUCCGAGCAAUGAGGCCUGGGACGCCCUACCUCAUGAGAUCCUGGACGCUUUGGUGAGCAACGUCAACAUCGAGCUCCUGAAUGCUCUUCAUUACCACAUGGUGAACCGCCGGCUGACGUCUGGGGAUCUGAAGCACGGGUCGUCCUUUGCCUCUAUGUACCAAGGAUUCCACGUGCACAUCCACCACUAUUCCAACGGAAUUGUUACGGUGAACUGCGCCCGUCUGAUCAAACCUGACCAGCAUGCCACCAACGGUAUCGUGCACAUGGUUGAUCGCGUCAUCAUUGCCAUUUCCAACAACAUCCACGACCUUAUUGAUGUUGAAGAUGACCUGGAGACCCUUCGUAUGGCCUUCGCUGCCGCUGGUCUAACCACGAUGUUGGAGAGUGACGGCCAGUACACCAUCUUUGCACCUACCAAUGAGGCCUUUCAGAAGAUUCCUCAGGACACGCUGAAUCGAAUCCUGGGAGACCCUGUUGCACUGAAAGACCUGCUGAAUUACCACAUCCUGAAAAAUAUCCACUGUGCCGAGUCCAUCGUGUCGGGAGCGCCCAUGGAGACGCUCCAGGGCACCGUGCUGGAGGUUGGCUGUGACGGAGACCAGAUGACACUGAAUGGGAACGCCAUCGUCACUAAGAAGGACCAGCUAGGAACCAACGGUGUCAUCCACUAUAUCAACGAGCUGCUCAUCCCGGACUCGGCCAAAACCCUCCUGGAACUCGCUGAGGCUUCCUCUGUUACCACGGCAACCAAGAUGUUUGUGGAAGCCGGUCUCACGUCACACCUGACGGGCUCUGAGGCACUAACGAUGCUGGCGCCGCUGAACGACGCCUUUAAAGGAAGUGAGAUGAUGACGUCUGAGAUGAGGAAAACAAUGAUGAACCACAUCGUGAAAGAGCAGCUGUCCUCCAAGUCUCUGUACCACGGCCAGGAACUGGACACGCUGGGAGGACUCAAACUCAGGGUCUUCGUCUACAGAAACAAUCUUUGCAUUGAGAACGCCUGCAUCGCGGCUCAUGACAAAACUGGACGGUUUGCGUCCAUGUUCACUGUAGACAAAGUGGUCACGCCCCCAACAGGAACCAUCAUGGACAUCUUGAAGGCAGAGGACAGGUUCAGUCUUCUGGUUGGAGCCAUCCAGACCACUGGGAUGACCGAGCUUCUGAACCAGCAGGGGGCACUGACCUUCUUCGCCCCUACCAACGACGCCUUCAACAGCAUGUCGCCGACGGAACUCAACAGACUAAUGAGUAACCAUCAGGAGCUCUCCGCGGUGCUGAAGUACCACCUCGGGAAGGGAAUGUUGGUCAGUGGAGGAAUUGGAUCCCACACCAGAGUCGAGCCUCUGCAGGGAGACAAACUGGAGCUGGGCCUGCGUAACUACACCGUGUACAUCAACAAGGUGCCAGUGACAGAGGCGGAUCUGAUGGCCACCAAUGGCGUGGUGCAUGCCAUCAAAGCCAUCAUCAAGCCAUUGCCGCCUAAAGUGGAUCGAGAGCAAGGAGACGGACCUGCGGUUCCGCUCAGGACAGCUUCCGCUUCCAGGCUCAACUCCAGAGGCAUCAGAAACGAAGAUCUUUUCCAGAAAGUGAUCAAGAGUCACUCGAGCAGGACGAUGAAUCGCAGCCAGUAAGACGGUGAACGGGCCGAACACACCGUCCAAACCCAGCAGAACCUCUGAGGAUCAACACAACACAUCCCCAGAAAGUCUCAGAGGAAAACCCAUCUGACAAAGAUCGCAACUUCAGGUUCAAACCACGAAAACAUUAGAAAAUUGCUAACCUGCUAAUGUUAAAAUGUAAUCGUGCCAGCACGCUAUUCGUGAUGCUAGCUUUACUUUAGCUGUGGAGUACUGCAGUACUGAUUUUGGGCUGUAUCACUCUGUGGUACUGGCAUCUAUAAAGCCAGCCCACAAACAAUACAGAUAACGCAUUGCAUGCUAGCAUGCCAAUGUCAGCAUUAGCAUGGUAGCAUAUAGUAUUUGAGUGUUAGCAUGGAUGCACUGGUGGCUAGUCUUUGUACAGGUACUAAUCAUUGGAACUAAAACGUUUAGCAUCCCACAGAUGUUUACAUACUUGUGACAGUUUAAGCACUAGCAUUUAAAGCAUGCUAAUUUUAAUGCUAACAUUGUUAAUGGGUUAAUUACUAAAAAAAAAAAAAAAAAAAAAAAGCUCAUGCCAACACAAAUAUCAGCAUGUUGUUAG